AUGUCCGGACAGCCUGCGCGUCCCGUCCGGGCUUCUUCCUCCGGCCCCUCCCCUCGUCUGGUCCGUACAGCGCCUUCCAGCUGGAGCGGGAGAGCAUCCCUUCGCCAGAUGUCAUCCAACAAAAUCCCUGGAACAUCGAGAUCCAAUAUGCUUUAUUAUCUGGUUGUUGGUGUCACAGUCAGUGCCGGUGGAUAUUAUACUUAUAAGACUGUCAUAUCAGAGCCAGCCAAACACACAGUACAUAUAUCCAGUUUAAAAGGAAAAACAAAAGCAGGGUCACAUCCAUUUCAAGAGGACACCCCAGAAGCUAAGGAAGAGUAUUCAGGAGCCACUGAAGAGUGUGACGCAGGUGCUGAGGUGAAAAGCUCGGAAGAGACUCCAGUGGCAGCGAAGGGGCCGGUGGCAGAGGCCUCGGGGGCCACCCCAGGGGAGGCCACGGCUGUGGCUUCUGAGACUAGGCCCGAGGUUACAGCUGCGGCCGUGGGCAGAAACGUGGAGGUCAGUUCUGGAACGAGCCCCGGGGUGAGUCACCCAGCACCAGAGCAGGGGGGGCCCUACUGCCACAGCCACAGUCACAGCCACAUGGCCCGGGAGAGCCAUGGCCCCGGGGGAUGUCCCGGGCCAGACAAGGAAGCCCUGCUGGCUGCCUCCAAACCCUGCUCUCAGCAUGGCUUCCAUGGAGAAGCCUGUGUGGAACCCGAGGUGGCCUCCGCUCGAAACCAGUAACCUGCUUCAGAGAAUGGUCCUCAGAAACGCCCCGAGUCUCUGAUUGCCUCUCCUGUGCUCUCAAUAACCUUAGCUCUUAGAGACUUCUCUGUAGAAAACAUCAUUGUGCCUUGAAGAUGAGGGGUAUCUGCUGAUUGAUUCUUAGACUUGAGAGAUUCCAGAUGUUACAUGGUUUUCUACUGUCUAAAAUCAGACUGUGUCAUUGCAGUAAAG